UUGAGAGUCUUACACAACCACGACAAAAUGGCUUCCACCACCGCAAUCAAGUCCGACUGGGCUGAAGAUGACAAUGUAGACGAGCUCCCGCCCACAACAGAGACCACCUCGCCCGACGGGAUCACGACGAUCGUGAGCUGGAAGUUUGACGAGCACGACCAGAAGGUCAAGGUCACGCGGAGAGUGCGGCGCAAGGUGCAGACCACGCUCGUGUCGCACACUGUCGCGGAGAGGAAGCACUGGGCCAAGUUCGGCGACGACAAGGGCAAGCCGUCCGGCCCCGACCGCCAGACGACCAUCAUCGGCGAGAACAUCUUCUUCAAGGUCUCGGCCGUGAACAAGGCUGCUGCCGAGGCGGCUGCCGCUGCCGCCGCCGACGCCGCGGCCGCCGACAAGCAGCCGGCGGGCAAGGCCGUCGUCUGUCGUCUCUGCAAGGGCGGCCACUUCACCGCCAAGUGCCCGUACCGCGAGCAGCUCGCCGAGCUGGACAGCGCCGCUGCGGCUCUGGACGACGAGGAGGCCGGCGCUGGGCCCGCAGUUGGCGGCCCGGCUCCCGGGGGCCUCGCGCGCGCGGGGCUCGGUGGACCAGGCGGCAAGUACGUUCCCCCCUCGCAGCGUGGCCUUGGCGGCGCAGGCGAGAGCAUGUUCCGUUCUCGUGACGACCUGCCCACGCUGCGUGUCACGUCGCUGUCGUACGACGCCGAGGACGACGACCUGCGCUCGCUCUUCGAGCCCUUCGCCAAGACGGGCCGUCUGGCGCGUGCCAACGUCGUGCGCGACCGCGAGACCCGCGAGAGCAAGGGUUUCGGCUUCGUCUCGUUCGAGAGCCGCAAGGACGCCGAGACGGCCCUCCAGAAGAUGAACGGCUACGGUUACGACUCGCUCAUCCUCAACGUGUCGUGGUCGCAGCCCCGUGAGCCCAGGCAGGGUCCUUGAGCUAGCGAGUGAGCAGCGAGGGUCGCGAGCGCAGCGGCGAGCGAACUCGCGGGGAUGAGGCGUACGCGCUCUCGACUCUCGAGAUCCGACACGCCCACCCCCACCUGUGACAUAGACGAAAAACCGAGCGGCGUUAUGUAGACCCUCGGAGAUGCAUUGCAUGCUGGGAG